AGACACCAAGCUGAGUGACUGAGCCGACAACAUUAAUAAGAGCAAUCGGAGAGAUGAGCCAGUGGGUGAUCGACAUGAAAGCUGAACUCGACAAGCUUGGCAAUGCUCAAAGCCGAGAAGAGCAGAGUAGGAAGAAGCCGUCCAUCUACAAGCUCCCUUCCCUCAUCUUCGACCUCAACACGAAAGCCUACAAGCCCGAAGCGGUGUCGUUCGGGCCGUACCAUCACGGGGAUCCUCGCCUUCAGCCCAUGGAGGAUCAUAAGCAACGCGCUCUCCUCCUUUUUCUCAAAAGAUCGCCGAAGCCUCUGGACAAAAUCUUCGAUUCCAUGGUCAAAGUGGCGCAAAAGCUCAAGGAUUCGUACGACUCACUCCCCCCCAAAUGGAAAGACGAAACUGAAACUGAAAACUUUGUGAAGCUAAUGAUUGUCGAUGGGUGUUUCGUGUUAGAAAUAUUGCGGGCGUCGGACUUUGAGAGUGAUUAUUUCGAUGACGAUCCCAUAUUUGGCCCCCACGGAAAGCUCUAUGCCAUGCCAUUUAUUAAGCGGGAUAUGUUAUUAUUGGAGAAUCAAUUGCCAAUGCUCGUGCUAUUCAAACUUAAAGGCAUUAAAGAGAAUCGCAAGGGAGACGCGGACACUUUGAACAAGCAGAUACUGAAAUUCCAUGACCGUGGUGAUCUUAGCUCAAACAUGGGCAAAUGCCUUCACAUCCUCGACCUCUAUCGCAAGAGCUUGCUCUGCGAGGAAGCCACCAAAUCUACCGAGCAAAAGGGCAGCAAGGGACCCGACAACGCAACCGUCGUUCGCUCAGCCACGGAGUUGAAUGAAGCUGGCAUCCGCUUCAGGAGGAGCGAAAGCAAUAGCCUCAAGGACAUCUCUUUCAAUCAAGGCGUCCUGAGGCUCCCGGAAUUCGUUGUCGAUGACGCCACUGAAUCGACCUUCCUGAACCUCAUUGCAUUUGAGAGGUGCCACGUUGGAGUCGGCCACGACAUUACUUCUUUCAUCUGCUUCAUGGACAUAAUUGUCGACCACGAUCGCGACAUCGGUCUACUAUGCUCCAAACGGAUCAUCCAGAACCUCGUCGGCAAUGACAAGGUUGCAGCCGAUUUGUUCAAUGCGAUGUCGAAGGAUUUGAUGAUGGAUCCCUCCAGCCACCUUAACAUGGUGCAUGAGAGCAUCCUUUCCUACUGCACGGAGCCGCGGCAUAAAUGGCGAGCCGCGCUAAAGCAUACUUAUUUCAGAAACCCAUGGGCGAUUAUUUCUGUUGUCGCCGCCAUCAUCCUCUUUGGCCUCGCUACACUGUCGACUGUCUAUGAUGUCAUUGGCAAAUAA